AUGGGAACGAGAGAAGUAUACGAAGAGAAGCUGAGGCGUGGGAAUCUUGAUUAUGAUCCGACAAUGAACCCUGGUCUUGGUUCUGCUCGGUGUCCUCGUUGCCUUUCCCUCUUAAACCCUAAUCCAGUGAGCUGUCAAAUUUCUUUUGUUCUUGUCAUCAGGAGAAGGAGAGUGAUCACUUCGGUUCUGCAUGAUGCUGCUGCUGUGGCUGGUUCUGGUAUUGGUGGCUUGCUUAGUCCCGUCCAUGCUUUCAAUACAGGGAUACCCUAUCUUCAAAAUCGGUUUCCUGGGUCAAAGCGGCUCUCCUUUCUUGUAGGAGUUCCAUUGCUGUUAGGAUAUUCAGGUGUAGGGGCUGCCUUUGGAGGUAACAUGAUCUUCUUUGGUGACUUGCUUCACUUUGUCCCUAAAUGUGCAUUAUCAAUAUAUCCUGCGUUAGUGAUUAAAUGCAUGCCCCAUUGUCCUGAAAUAUUGUGA